AUGAGCGUCCUUGAGAAGAUAGGCAGCAUGGCAUCCAUGGCAGUGGCUGGUCCAGCUGCUGUUGCGGCAUUCGCCUACCUGAACGCGAAGCUAGCCAUAUCCCAUGAUCUAGGGCUGAUAACAAGAUAUGUGCGAGCACUUAUACGAGGAGCCCUCAAAGACCGGAGCAACAAGUGGAAUCACUUCUACCUGCUGGAGGAAUUCGCGCUGGACUCCAAGAAGGCAAAGGAGGUCUUUAUCGUGUACCAGGGCAAGGAGUGGACGUACCGGCAGACCUACGACAUCGCCCUUAGAUACGGAAACUGGUUCAGGAACGUUCACAAUGUCAAGGCGGGAGAAGUCGUUGCAAUGGACUUCAUGAACUCGGCCACUUUCGUGUUUGUCUGGAUGGGAUUAUGGAGUAUUGGUGCCCUUCCGGCAUUCAUCAACUAUAACCUCACGGCUGCUCCGUUGGCGCAUUGCGUCAAGGUGUCUACUGCAAGGUUGCUUAUAGUAGACAGCGAGGUCAGACAUGCUGUUCCCCCAGAAAUGGUUGAGAAGCUAGGAGCUCCAGACUUCAGGGAAAAGGGAGGUGCUGUGGAGGUGGUGUUCCAUGACGAGAGCUUGCAGGCCAAGAUCUUGCAGAGAGAACCCUGGAGAGCUCCGGAUACGGAUCGGCAGGGUCAAGCGCGGUCUGAUGCUGGAAUUCUCAUUUAUACAAGCGGUACCACUGGCAUGCCCAAGGCGGCCAUCCUCCCCUGGGCCAAACUGCUUCUCGCGGGAACAUUUGUUUCUAGAUGGUUGGGAUUCUCGAAAUCUGAUCGCGUUUACACGUGUAUGCCACUCUAUCACUCGACAGCUGCAGUCCUAGGAUUCUUCGCCUGUUUAGCUAGUGGGACCACUCUUUGUAUUGGCCACAAGUUCUCUGCCUCUCAUUUCUGGGAUGAUGUCCGAGGUAGUAAUGCCACGGUCGUGCAGUAUGUUGGAGAAACCAUGCGCUAUCUCCUAGCCACUCCAGCCCAAAAGGACCCUGAGACCGGCGAGGAUCUCGACAAGAAGCACAAUGUUCGACUGGCAUAUGGCAACGGACUACGACCAGAUGUCUGGGACAAAGUCAAGGAGCGGUUUGGAAUCCCAACGAUAGGCGAGCUUUAUUCGGCUACCGAGUCGACCUCUGGACUAUGGAAUCUUUCGUCCAACAGCUUCACUGCUGGAUCUAUCGGGCGGUCUGGCCUGAUUGCCGACCUGAUUCUCGGUACUUCUGCCGCCAUCGUCAAGCUCGACCAUGACACGGAACUACCAUGGCGAGACCCAAAGACGGGACUGUGCCACCGGGUGCCCCGAGGUGAGCCGGGAGAGCUCCUAUAUGCUCUGGAUGCGGCAAAUAUCAAGGAUAAAUUUCAAGGAUACUUCAACAACCCCAACGCCAGUAACACCAAGGUCCUACGAGAUGUCCUGAAGAAAGGCGACGCCUGGUUCCGCACCGGCGAUGUCAUCCGUUACGACGCCGAGGGACGAUGGUAUUUCUCCGACCGCAUCGGCGACACCUUCAGAUGGCGAGGAGAGAAUGUAUCCACCAACGAGGUUGCUGAAGUCCUCGGGUCACAUCCCCAGGUCCACGAGACGAACGUCUACGGCGUGCUACUGCCUCACCACGAAGGCCGUGCUGGCUGUGCCGCCCUGAUCAUGGAAGGAGUCGAUCCUGAUGCCGAAAAGCUGGAGCCGUCGGCGGCUUUCCUCUCCUCCCUGGGCGAGCAUGUCACUGCGAACCUCCCGAAGUAUGCUGCUCCUCUGUUCCUCCGCAUCACCCGCGCGCUGGAGACGACGGGUAACAACAAGCAGCAGAAGACCUCGCUGCGUGCAGAGGGCGUUGACCCCAAUGUCCUCGAGAGCAAGAACAGCAAGGACCUGCUUUACUGGCUCAGAGGGAAGACGUAUGUGCCGUUCGAGAAGAAGGACUGGGAGAAGCUCAAUGCCGGCCAGGUCAAGCUGUGA